AUGGCCGCCUCUCUCGCCAAGAGCCUUCUGAUCACGGCGGCUCUCGCCCCGGCUGCGGUCGUGGGCGAGACCGUGCUGGGUGUGACCGUCUUCUCCCGGCACGGCGACCGCACCUCGAAGCACUACCCGGGCUACACCCUCACCAACCUGGGCUUCCAGCAAGUUCACCAGGUCGGCGCCGCCUACCGCCAGACGUACCUCGCCGCCGGUGCCCCUAAGCAGAUCCUGGGCAUCAGCGAGGACAAGUACGUCCCGGCCCAGCUCUAUGCCAGUGCUCCAGACCAGAUGGUCCUCCUCAACACCGCCACUGCCUUUCUCCAGGGCCUCUACCCUCCCCUCAACGAGGCCGGCUCCAAUGAGGACAACAAUAGCCUGUCUAUCCAGACUCUCAACAAUGGCACCACCGUCUCCGCCCCGCUCGAGGGCUACCAGUAUGUCGUCCUGCACGGCGAGAACACCGACUCGCCCCAGACCAUCUGGAUCAAGGGUGACGACUCGUGCCCGGCCGCCUCAUCGGCCCAGAAGGGGUACUUCCAGUCCUCUGCGUACAGCACCAUCUUGUCUUCGACCAAGGACUUCUACGCGGGGCUGUGGGACCUCGUGGCCGACGUCUACGACUACAAGCCCGAGAACAUGUCGUACAAGAACGCCUACGACAUCUUCGACCUCAUCAACGUCGCCUCCAUCCACAACCAGUCCUUCCCCGGGAUCAAGCCUCAGGACCUCGCCCAGCUGCGCACUCUCGCCGACAGCUGGGAGGCCGGGCAGAACAUCGACGCUGCCGACCCGACGGACAACAAGUCCAUCGGCGGGCGCACGCUGGCCGGCGCCAUCCUGAACCAGCUCAACCAGACCGUCGCCAGCUCCGGCAAGCUCAAGUUCUCCCUCUUCGCGGGCAGCUACGACACCUUCAUGGCCUUCUUCGGCCUGUCCGGCCUGGCCAAGGUGUCGGACAACUUCAACGGCCUGCCCGACUACGCGAGCACCAUGUCCUUUGAGAUCUUCACCUCGGACAACGUGACCGCGUUCCCCGCCAGCACGGACGACCUGCAGGUCCGCUUCCUCUUCCGCAACGGCUCCGACGCGGGCGCACCGCUCGCGCAGUUCCCCUUGUUCGGCCAGCCCGAGGCCGGCAUGAGCUGGAGCACUUUCGUCAAGGAGAUGCAGACCCGCGCCAUCACCGACGUCGCCACCUGGUGCAGCGUCUGUGGCAGCACCGAGGCAUUCUGCCCAUCCUCCUCCUCCUCCUCUUCGCCAGCCGGCGAUGCCAGCGCCAGCAGUGGCAGUGCUUCCGGUGGCAAUGUGGGUGGUUUGUCUAACACCGUGGCCGGUGUCAUUGGUGCCAUGGUCACGCUCGCCGUCCUCGCGAUCUGCGGUUUCGUCUUCUUCCUCGUGCGCCGCGGCAAGCGCCCUGCUGCUCUCGGUGGUGCUGGUGCUGGCGGCGCCGAGGCUGCCAGGGCUGCGGCCUUGACCAAGGACAAGGCGAGCUUUUCUUCUUAG